AUGUCGCGCGAUCGUAGUGCCACCGCGACACAAAUCAGCGGCAUGAUCCAGAAGCUGCAGGACCCAGAUCCAGACAUUCGUUUCAUGCAGUUGAGCGAUCUUCAAGGUGCCCUGUCCAAUAUCAACACUGAAUGGGUGAGAAACGAUAUCCCCACCGCUGGUCGUGUCAUCGAAGGCGUGGUCCAUGCAUUGGGUGACCAGAAUGGUGAAGUCCAGAAUCAAGCCCUCAAAUGUAUCGGGCCACUGGCCGCGAGGACUCCAAACGAGCUCAUCGCUCCCACUAUCGACAAGAUCACUCAGCUACUUACCGCAUCUGAUAUCGAUCACUCCGUACCCAAUUCGGCCCUGCGAAGUCUCGUUGCCAGUCUGCCCCAUCCUCAAGUCGGCAAUGUCUCUGUAUCAGAUGUCAAGGAAGCCUACAGUGCGAUCAGUAAAGUGCUGAUUCCGCGACUCGUGGGAAGAGUCGUCUUGUCCGGGAGCAAGUCGUCGGCACAACCUCCCUUUGGCUUACUGCAGCCUCAGAAGGGCAAGGGCUACAACGCUGAUGCUGUAGACGUCCUGAUCGAAAUAGUAAAGCACUAUGGCACACUUCUGCAGGACAAGGAGUUGAUCGCUUUGGCACAAGCAGUCAUGGACAUCAUCGAGAGUCCACAAGCCGGCGGUGUUGUCAAGAAACGAGCACUUGCUGGUGUUGGCGCCCUCCUCGUCCACUUCUCGGAGUCACAAGUCAGCUCCUUCGUCGAUGCCCUGGCGCAGUCCUUCAAGGCCUCACAGAUCUCCAAUGAGCACCGUCGGUACCUGAUUGCAACAAUCGGCACACUUGCAAAGUCCACACCAAAGUUCGGACCAUAUUUGCAUUUGACCAUUCCGCAUGUGUUGUCCGCAUUACAGAUCGAUGAGGACGAGGAAGACGACCAAUCAGAGGACGCUGAGACCGAUGCUGAAUUGGAAGAGAUGCGUGAGGCUGCUCUACAGACACUGGAUGCUCUCCUAGGCUCCUGUCCGACAGAGAUGGCCGAGCACCAGGACGACGCCCUUGCUGCGGCUCUUCGCUUCCUCAACAGUCUUUCUGCUUCAGACCACGACACGCUCUUCAACGGAAUAGCCCCAAGUCUCCUUUCGCGCCUGCACAACGAACGCGAAGACAAUGUUCGUCUCGAGGUCAUCAGUGCGACCACGACCCUCAUCAAGAAAGCCGGCUCGUCCAGCACUGUUCACCGCUCAGAAGAAUUCGAAAUUCCUCCCACUACUGGUCGGAAGCGGAGACGUCAGGACAGCGAGGUAUCCCAGCAUGAUCCCGAGCUACGAGGUCUUGUCUUGUCGCGUGCGAGCCCUCCAAUCACCCCAUCAUCCCCUCCUGCAAGUGGUGCUCAGGCCGAUCUUGCAGCAGUCAUACCUAAGAUGGUCCAAGCACUUGGCAAGAUGUGGAAGAAGGCUGGCAUCCCGCUCAAGCAGGCCGGUAUCACCAUGAUCAAGAUCUUGGCUCUGUCGCGCAACGGUGCUCUUGCCGAUCACCUCCAACAACUAGAAGACCCCAUCGCCGACGCAUUAAAGCCGGGUCUGGGUCCGAGCGGCGCGAGUGCAAGCUCUGGCUCCUCGAGCACUGUUGCUGGCCUCCAAAUCGAGACGCUCGGUGCAAUCAGUACUAUCACCGAGACAAAUUCGACAGCUGUGCUUACGCCAUUCGUCAUUGCGCUGAUUCCGUCAGUCACAGCAGUUGCUCGAGGCAGAAACGACAAGGUCUCUGGGGAGGCCUUGGCUACCCUGGAACAAUUCGUGAAAGCGCUCACGCCUCCACGGCUAUCUACGCCAAAUCAAGACCAUGCGAUUCACAUUGAGAAGUUGUUCGAUGUGAUCGUCAAUCGAGUCACUGACAACAAUACUGAUCUUGAAGUCCGGCAUCGCGCGAUCCAGGUCUUCGGUGUCUUGAUCGCCCGAACAUCGUCAACGCAGCUCAUCUCAUCUGCACACCACGCAAAAGCGCUAGGCAUUCUGAAUGACCGUCUGAGAAACGAGACAACUCGCUUGGCCAGCGCUCGAGCUAUUGGUCUCGUAGGUGAAUCCGCUGGGGUGUCCGAUAACGUCAGUGGGCUAUGGGUCCAAGAAGUCUCUAUGGAAAUGGCUAAUCAGCUACGCAAGGCUGAUCGGGCGCUGCGUGCCGCUUGCUUGGAGGCUUUGCAGUACUUAGCACUGAACACUGUCACAGCCACGCUCUACGACACAAAGACGAUUGCGCAGCUCAAGGAGAAACUCUUGCCACUGCUAGCGACGUCAGAUCUUAAUCUCCUCACUCCCGCUCUGGUCAUACUAGCUAGGAUCCUUCCCACGAGUGCCUCAGACCUGAUAACAGACGACCUAAUUGAAGGUCUCUGCGCCGUCAGCAAAACCCGUCUCGAAGGCUCACCCUUGAAAGCAUACCUCCUGGUUAUCAAAGUUAUCGCUGAGCAGGGUGUCGGCAACGGUCUCAUGCAGAGUCUCCUUGCGAUAGGAAUCGCUGGUGACACUCUUGUGUUGGGUCGGGCCAUUGGCACGUUACUGGUGUUCUCGACAUCACAGCUUGCUGUAUCUGUACCUACAUUCUUGACAGAAAUCCAGACCUCGACGAAUCCGGAAGCGACCUGUCUCGCCAUUACAGUGCUCGGAGAAGUCGGUUUCAGGACGGGUGCCAAAUCACCUGUGCAAAUGGACGUCUUCACAGGCUGCCUGAACUCAACGUCUGACCGCGUACGGCUGGCCGCAGCGACAGCUCUGGGUAGCGCUAGUUCCAGCAACCUUUCUGCCUGCUUGCCUUUCAUCAUAGAGAAUCUCGGCCAGAACUCAGAACAGGAAUAUCUGUACCUUCACUCACUCAAGGAGAUCCUGCAACACGUCACCGAUUCCGACAGCAAAGACUUUGUGCCUUUUGCACAGGAGCUUUGGCAGAAGUUGUUUGGUCUGUCCACAACCGAUGACACUCGUGCCGUGGCGGCCGAGUGCAUCGGUAGAGUCGCCAUGAUCGAACCACAGACCUAUGUUCCUCUACUCACCCAGUCCCUGCAGAGCCCAGACGCCACGACCCGCGGCACAGUAAUCUCAGCAUUCCGCUUCACCCUAGCCGACCCAAGUUCCGCCUACAACACUCUACUAGCCCGGACAAUUGUCCCAAUGCUUCGCACCAUGCUCUCAGACGCCGACCUCAGCAACCGCCGGCUUGCCGUUACCACUCUAAACGCCGCGAUUCACAACAAGCCCAAUCUCGUCAUCCCCGAAAUCGGCCAACUCCUCCCACAGGUCCUCGACGACUCAGUCAUCAAGCCAGAUCUCAUCCGCGUCAUCACGAUCGGACCCUUCAAGCACAACGAGGAUGGCGGUCUCGACCUCCGAAAAGCUACGUACGCCACACUGUAUGCGCUACUAGAUUGCCCGGCUGCGAUCCCGCACCUGCCCAUCCCGCGCAUCUUCGAUCGCAUAUUGGAUGGAAUCACCGAUGACGCCGACAUCCGCACCCUGUGUAACCUCAUGCUCGCCCGCCUUACCGUACUCGAUCCAGAGGAGACACGUCGUCGUCUGUCGCCGCUAGCAGAGAAGUUCAAGGUCGUGUUGGGCGUCAAGCUCAAGGAAAACGCGGUCAAACAAGAGAUCGAGAAAGCCAACGAAGCCAACGCCGCUGUCAUCCGGACGUCGUUGGAGCUGGACCGAAACUUCGAGAAUGCGGCAGGCGAGAUCGCUGGCGGUGGGGAGAUGGUCGGCUGGAAGGGGUACAUUGAGAUGGUUCGCAAGGAGUUUGCGGCUGUGGUGAGAGGGAUUCAGCAGGCGGAGGGAACCUAG